GUGACGUCAUGAGGCUGGUAUUGGUGAAACCAGCCAAUGAGACGGGCCGGCUCGAUUCUACAGAGGCUUUUCACGAUGAAAGGGUUCUGGAGCAAUACAACGCAGGCGAGCAGCAGCACCAGCAGGACGGAGCUGUAGAGGGGAUGCAGCAUCGGCACCCGGGAGCUGUCUUUCAGCACCACCCUCUCAGCCAGCAGCCGUGCAGCAUCAACAGCAGCGCUAGUCAUCUCCAGAAACCGCCGAGCCAAGAGGGCUCAGGCGCUUCGGUGCAGCACUUCAUCCCUCUCAGCAACUCUCCUCCUCCGCCGCUGUUCGGGCAGGGUUCCGCCGCCUUCUUGCAACAAAACCAUCAAGAAUCUCCCAGCCCGAACCUUUUCACCCAGCCAGGUACCAUCCCUCCUUAUUACAGGCUGCCACCGCCACCACCACCAGCAACAACAAGAAACCACAUAACCGGGCAGCGAGCGCAAAUUCAAAAACAAGCCUGCUGCUUUUCUGUCCAACCCCUUCCUCUGCAACAAAAUCGAGGGGCCGCUACCACCGCUGCCGCAGCCGGUGUCACUUCACUGCAGAAGCAGCACUUCUAUCAGAGCCACUAUUACAGCAACUGCGGUUAUUCCAGUCAAGCGAGCCCGAACCAACACCAGAACCACCGCCCGCAGCUGUCUACACCAGCAACAACAACACCGCCGUUUCUACAGCAUCAGAAUUCGAAUCGGGGGGACCAUUUGCAGAACGCUAGCAAUUACCAGCAGCAGAACCCGAGCAGCAGCUUCUGCCGCAGAGGAGAAGGAGGGUUAGGGGAGCAGAACCGUUUGCAGCAGCAACCUCAGCAUCAUAAUCAGUCCAACCUACAUCAGCACCCCUCCUCUUGCCUAGCAGCACCACAAGAGCAGAAUCUAGAGCAGCAUAGCAAUGAUAGCGGUCCGUUGAAGGUAAAGCAGCAGUCCUGUUUAUUUCAGCAGCAGCCCCGAGAUUUGCUACCGCAACCUUUACUGCAGCAGCAACAACAACAGCGGCUAGGGAGCAGCCAGCCUAGUAACAACUACUGCACCAACGGAUCAGGGCGGGAGAAUAGAAAUCAACUACUACAACUGCAAGGGCAAGAACAGACACACUUGUUCUACCAACUGCAGCAGCAGCAACAGCAGCCUCCGCAGCACUGUGACAACUACUGCAAGAAGCCAGGGGAGAAAAAUCAAUUGGAGUGGCACUGCUGCCAGUACCCCCAACAAGACAAACAGCAGAACAGCCACCACCAAGAACCGAGCCGCCCGCUCUUUGGAAACUUGUCCGGCUGCAGCAGCAGCAGCAGCGGCGGCGGCAGCGACAACGAUCGCAGCCUGUCAUACUCCUCAAACACCUGCCUGUGGCGGCAGCAGCACCAAGAAGGAAACCAGAUCCGAACUGAGCAACAGCAGGUAAAUGCUGAGCCCAAGAAGCUAAGCCAUGCUGGAUCCAAGCCCUCCGUCUGCGACAGUAGUAACCCAUUCCCCGAGAUAGCCAUGAACAGCUGCAAGUACAAUGGGGGCGUGGUGAGACCCCUGGGCAGCCUGGGCUCGUCACGGCGCAACCUCGCCGAGCUGGACUCGGAGACGCAGCCCCUGCAGACGCUACACAGCUCCGGCCUGGAGGUGGUGGUCUCCAAGGGCAAUGGCGAGGACCCCGGCAAGGUGUCCAGUGACAGCCUGUCCCGCGACGGAGGGGGCGCGCCGCAGAAGAAGAACAAGGACAUCGGGCAAAAGCUGGGCCACCGCAGGGCGCUGUUCGAGAAGCGCAAACGGCUCAGCGACUACGCUUUGAUCUUCGGGAUGUUUGGGAUCGUCGUCAUGGUGACCGAGACGGAACUUUCCUGGGGGGUUUACACCAAGGAAUCCUCAUAUUCAUUUGCACUGAAAUGCCUUAUCAGCCUUUCCACUGUUAUAUUGCUUGGUCUCAUUAUAAUGUACCACACUCGAGAGAUCCAGCUCUUCAUGGUGGACAAUGGGGCGGACGACUGGAGAAUAGCCAUGACGUACGAGCGGAUAUUUUUCAUCGUUCUGGAGCUUCUGGUGUGCGCCAUCCACCCAAUCCCGGGGCAGUACGUUUUCACGUGGACGGCGCGCCUGGCCUUCACCUACACGCCCUCGGUGGCGGACGCUGACGUGGACAUUAUUCUCUCCAUCCCCAUGUUCAUGCGCCUCUACCUGAUUGGGCGAGUCAUGCUGCUGCACAGCAAGCUCUUCACGGACGCCUCGUCACGGAGCAUCGGCGCGCUCAAUAAGAUCAACUUCAACACGCGCUUCGUCAUGAAGACCCUCAUGACCAUCUGCCCCGGGACCGUGCUGCUGGUGUUCAGCAUCUCCUCCUGGAUCAUCGCUGCCUGGACGGUGCGCGUCUGCGAGAGGUAUCAUGACAAACAGGAAGUGACUAGUAACUUCCUGGGAGCCAUGUGGCUAAUUUCAAUAACCUUCCUCUCGAUUGGCUACGGAGACAUGGUGCCUCACACUUACUGUGGGAAGGGUGUGUGUCUGCUGACAGGGAUCAUGGGGGCCGGCUGCACAGCGCUCGUGGUUGCCGUGGUUGCCAGGAAGCUGGAGUUGACCAAGGCCGAGAAACACGUCCACAACUUCAUGAUGGACACGCAGCUCUGCAAGCGGGUAAAAAACACGGCUGCAAAUGUACUCAGGGAAACGUGGCUCAUCUACAAAUACACAAAACUGGUGAAGAAGAUUGACCACGCCAGGGUGCGCAAACACCAGCGCAAGUUCCUACAAGCAAUCCACCAACUGCGCAGUGUGAAAAUGGAACAGAGGAAGCUGAACGACCAGGCAAACAGUUUGGUGGACUUGGCGAAGACGCAGAACGUGAUGUACGACCUGGUGUCGGAGCUGCAGGAGCGCAGCGAGGACCUGGACAAGCGCAUCGGGACGAUGGAGGACAAGCUGGACUCCAUCACGGGCAGCCUCCAGGCCCUGCCUGGCCUCCUCAGCCAAGCCAUAACACAGCAGCAGCGGGACUUCCUAGACGGCUUUGCGCAGCGCUUCAGGCCGGCUUCGCUGGGGUCCGAGCGGUCCUGGACUCCCACUAGGCACCGGCGCUCGCCCUCCACCGCGCCACACACCUCCUCCGACAGCGGGUAACCACCACCGGAAUGACAGCGGCGACCGAAAAACAGGAAGAAAAAAAAAACAGUGAAGAAUAUGGUUUAUGUUUAGCCAUUGUAUGGCUGUUCAAGUUAGCUUUUUUGUAAAGCCCUUGUAUAGUUACUGACUGAGUUCAGGGUGCUGGGGUGGAGCUGGCUAUCACACCGGAUGAACCCUAAAAUAAAUGAAAAGCUGUACAAUGCCAAGGCUAGGCGCUGAGGCUGCCCCACAUAGGGGGAGCUCCUUGGCUGGCACAGGAAGCAGAGAGCACAGAGAUGGGAUAUGAACCUGGAUCCAGCUGCUACAGACUUCCUUCCUCCCUGCUCCUCCCUGUCAGGGUUCCUUUCUACGCAGGAAGGAGGCAGCAAGCCACACCCAUGGAGGACGUGCUUUUCCUACAGAAUUGAGAAACAGACCCCGCCCCCUUGCAUGUUUCAGUGCACCUGGGGGCGGGGUUUACCCAUACAAAGCUUUGUCCAUUGGGGGGAGAGGGUGGGGGUGCGGGCAGCCUUUUCUAUUUACAGAAUUUCAGUGCAAUUUUGUAUCCAUUUAACGAGGAUAAAAGAAAAUAGAAUUUACAUACAUCUCUUUUUUAACAGGGUCCCGACAGCAGAAAGCAGUGACUAUAUAAAAAAAACCCACACUUCUCUAAUAUAAGAAUAAAACCAGUUAACACUAACAUUAUCAAUGGUGGCCCUGUAGCCCAACUACACACAGCACCUGGUAGGAAAGAGUGACAAAGUUUAUUGACAAGUAGCUGCUACGGAUAUCCAAGCUAGUGAACAUGGUAUACUGUCCUACUGAAAUCUUUAUUUUGGGGAUAUGUAAAGUAUUAUUUUUAAACUGUCUCCCUUAAAUAAGGCAUACAUAUUAAGUCCAGCCCAGGAACAAAAAAAUGGCCCAAUCCCCACGCAUUUCAGUGGAAGUGGGAGGGGUUUACUAAUAACAAACGGGGAGGAGUUUCCUUACAGAAAUUAUCAACAGACCCCUCCCACUUGUUCAAAGGGUGUGGCUUAUUCACACGAAGAAAGAAGGGAGGGGCUAGGAACUUCUCUUUCCAAUCUAAGUGGCAAAAAAAUAAACACAAAUGUCCCUUUUUUUUAAAUAAAUCAAAAUAUGUGUUCUUAUUUUAGUAAGAACCCUUAUGCAGACAUGUGCUCAAUAAGUAACAAAAAGAUAAUAAUAAUAAUAAUAAUAAUAAUAAUAAUAAUAAUAAUAAUAAUAAUAAUAAUACCCAGCGCUCCAGAUAAGGUUUUGGGUCGUUGAGUAAUGUAUUCUCCAGUUUAAACCCGAUGUGCGUAAACUGUAUUUUGGGUGUGUACUUCCAAUAAAUACAGUACCUAAUUUAACCCUAACUUAUGGGGUAUGCAUUACCAUUAACUAAAGCCUUACAUUUUAACUGUAAUGUUAAUUUCAACUACUGUACAAAAACGUGGUCUUAUUGAUUCCUCCUUUAGUCCUGCUCCAAACAGAGAAUAUUAUAUAUAUAUAUAUAUAUAGAUUUACCUUCCAAAAAUUCUGUUGACAGAGAGGUAAAUUGGUCGGUCAGGCUGAGAAAUCCUGAAGAUCAAAGCUCCAGACGCCUAUUCACCAGUCACAAGCACGCACUACAAGUGAAAUCUCUUGACUUAUUGGUCUUGUGUUUCUGGCAAUUCCCAGGCAGGCUACAAGCUGGUCUGUCGCUUAUCUAGCUACCCCACGCAGUAUAUUCACAAUUUAAACAUCGUGUAAAACACCCAGUACGCAGCUUAUCUGGAGCGCUGAUUAUCCCCAAUAAACAAAAUAUUUACAAAAAGGGAAGCACUCUUAUAAACCAGGCUACAAAUAGGGCAUGUGUAAGUCAGUAAGCUUUGGAUCGUCCUUGUGUAAGUCCAUGCCAGUAGUUAGUGCAGGACUCUGAUACGCUAUGCAUUCUAAGUUAGCAUAAGGGGACUGGAAAGCUGCAGCUGUGAGGUUUUUCAUCAGUACUCUGAGAUAAUACCCCAUACCAUACAAUCUAACGUGAGAACAAGGGGUGAGCUGUCCAUUUUCAUUUCAUCUCCUAAUACCGCCGCGAUCCUGAUCUAUUCCUCAAAUAUCUCCCAAAGAAUAUAAAAAUAUGCUAUCCCUUUUCAGCUCAAGCGUCAGCGUCCUUGUUAACAGUCAAGAUGCUGGGUUUUGGUGGGUCGACAUCAUUUUUAACCUUUUAACCAUAGAGAUACACGCAAACAUGCAAGAGUUCACCAACAGACCCAAAACAGCAGGGAAAAGAGGUAAACACCCUGAUUGGCAACUGUGAUAGACUAUUUGAAACCUGAAUGUAUUGUACAGUAAUAUAGAACAAUUUAGUCUAACAUAAUUUAGUCUUCUAACAUGGAAAACUAAAAACAUUUCAAUGCUUCAGUGUCUCGCUGUCAUAUUCUGUUUUCUAAUGAAACAUGAAUCCAUUGUGUAUUACUUCUUAUAUUCUUCCCAUAGUUCAGCGGUGCACUUCCUCAGAAAGACAGGAAACAGCCUUUGUUGGCUGCCUGGUUCAUUUACAUGCUACAAUGAUUGUAUACCACUUUCAGAGCAUGGCAAAAAUCACCUGCUUACCUUAAUAACUGGUGCUGCAGUAGAUGUUUAUAAUCUCUUAUGCUGCAGAUAUUGUUGCUGUUUAGCAUCGGGUCAGUUUGGCUCAACUCUUGCAUGUUCAGUUCCGGAUCACUCUUAAAAAAAGCCACGUGAUUUUGGUUUAACUUUUUUUUUUAUUACAAUAUUUGUAUCACUCGUGUAGAGUAUAGGCAUACCAAAGCCAUCGAUUGCAAUAGAGCGGUUCUGCACCGCCAUGUGGGCCUCGAAGUGGAGAGGAAGGUUGGCACGCACUGUACGUGGGUAUGCCCUCAAUGAGGGUGCCACAGUGGAUACACAAGACUGGGUAUCAGAAUUCAAGAAUUCAAGGCUAGAAACGGGCAGCCUUUAUCUAGCACCAGACACACUCGUGGAUUAGAGAACGACCCUGAUGCGGAGUGCUCGGAAACGCAGAGACCAACAACGAACGCCCGCUAACACCAGCUAUCCAGCCCAACAGAAGGAGCCCCUUCCACCACCUCCAAUAACCCAGCCCCCCCACAAGCCCCUUCCCCAGCAUUGCCCCCUGCAUUCGGAUUCUGAUACCAGAAUCCAGGGACCUUUAAAAGCCAAAAGUCACAGUAAUGUAAAAUAACAGAAGCAAGUAAGUAUCUAUUAGACCGUAUUAUUUCUCGGUAGUGACAUCAGAUGAUUUAUAAUUUUUUAAACAAAAUAAAAAAUAAAAAAUAAAAUCAAAUGUAUAAUCACUGUUUUAUAUACACUGCCACAUUAUGCAUAUCUAGUAGCACUGGAAUAAAAUACUGUAAUG